AUGUCGGACCGGAUCCCGCCCCUCAUCACGCUCGAAGAGCACUUCAUCGCCCCCGACCUCUUCUCCGAGCUGUCGGACCUCUACGGCGAGCAGCUCAAGAAUGUGCCGGCCGUCGGCGAGCGCCUCCGGGACGUCGGGCCCCUGCGGCUGGCCGACAUGGACGCGAACCGCGUCUCCCUCCAGGUGGUCUCGCACGCGCCCGGCCUCGGCGCGCGCCCGCCGGCCGGGUUCGGGUGGCACCAGGAGACGGGGCUGGCGGUGCUCCGGCUCUUCGCGGCGGGGCUGUUCGACGCGGUGCCGGGGGUCAAGAUGGUCAUCGGGCACUUUGGCGAGAUGCUGCCGUUCAUGAUGGAGCGCGUGGAGAAGCUCUCGCCGCGGUGGGGCGCGCGCGGCCGGGGCUGGCGGCGGGUGUGGGAGGAGAACAUCUGGGUGACGACGAGCGGGGUGUGGGGGCUGGCGCCGCUGGCCUGCGUGCUGAGGAACACGCCCGUCGACCACGUCCUGUACAGCGUCGACUACCCGUUCGAGAAGAACGAGAACGGGCUGGCGUGGGUGAGGGAGCUGCGGGACAGCGGCAUGGUCACGCCCGAGGAGCUCGACAAGAUCGCCUACCGCAACGCCGAGAAGCUCCUCCGGGUCAAGGCGCCGGUCAUCGCCAGCGAGAGCAAUAAGUCGUGA